AUGACAGUACGAAAUGUCACGAAGAAAACAGUGGUUACGUCAUCCACAAUUACAACAAGUUCUGGACGAAAACGAAGCUUGGUGGAAAUUGUGCCUAAAGGGGAGCCUUUUCCGAAUUAUGAUGUAAAGUUAGUUCCAGGGGAGCGGAAGAAUUCCACAAAAUUGUAUGAAUUAAACAACAAUGACUCCAACAAUAACCAGUCUUCCUUGCUGGAGCAACCAACGAAAACGGUCGAAGAAGGGCGACGAUCUAUCGGGCAGUCUCGGAAAUGCUCCGAUCAUGUUUCCGAGCAACCAAUCAUGAUUGUUACGAGAGGAAGAAGGUCCCGGAUAGAGGUCCCAGAGUGGAUGGAAGAGCGAAAAUGUCCAGAAACGGAGUACCAACCCAGUGAUAUUUCAGACAUUGACGAUUUGUUGAAAUAUCCAGCCGAUUAUUCGCCAAGAGAAAAAGAGAUAGACGACAACGUCGAGGAGGACAGGAUCCAUCCAGAAUUUACCAAACGGAACAAACAGCUUGUUCCUGUUAUUUCAGAUAAAAACGGCGUCAGUGAAUCAGACGAGGACUCCAGUGAAUUUGAAGAAGAAAUUGUAGUGGUGGAGGUCCAAAGAAAACCGAGCUGGAACAAAAAAUUGGAGUCUCCUAGACAAGUCGAGGUUCCCGAGUGGAUAAAAGAGCGAAAAUCUUCAGGAACAGAGUGUCAACCUAUUGACGGUUUGUUGAAAUAUCCAACCGAUUAUUCACCAACAAAAGGGGAGAUUGAAGACAACGCCAUCGAGACUUGGAUCCACCCGGUAUUUGCCAAGCGGGACAAACAGGUUUUUCCUGUUCUUCUGGAUGAAAAUGGCGUCGACGACUCCGGCGAAGAGUCCAGUGAAUUUGAAGAGGAGAUUGUAGUGAUGGAUGUCAAGAGAAAACCGAGUUGGAACAAAAAGCUGGUGUUUCCUAAACAAGGGCCAGAAAGUGCUGGAAAACCGAUUGAAGACCUACUCGUGGCGCAGACAAUUCGAGUUCAAGAGUCGGCUCCCGAUGAGUUAUUGAUUGAAGAGAAAAUCGAAUGUGUGGAACGUCCGUCGGUAUUUCGAGAAGUACCUGACUUCGCUGCUUUAGAGAACCUGUAAUGACCAGUCACGAGUGGAGAAACUAAUUAGGCUUUUGCAAAGUGAUUCAGACUGAAACAAUGUCCAGGCCCGAACACCGAAGCCAGUAAUAUGCGCUUUCUUAUGAAAGACAUGUGUAUGAACUGAGUCAACAGGUUAGGGUAUCAUUUAAAAGUAGCACUCGCUUUUUUUCGAUUUAUAAAAGUAUUUGCGUGAUUUAAGACACCGUUUACUUCGGUAUUUUUCUCCCCUUUUAUUUCAAAUGCUCGUGACACAGUCUUCUCGGUUUCACUCUACACUUCAAGUGAAAACUGAGUAUAUUUCUUGAGUCUCUUAAAUAAGUCUCUUGUCUUUAUUUUCACCAAUGUAAAAAUGUUUGCUGUACAUUUCAGAAAAAAAAGUAUAAGAAGUCUUAAAAAAAGUUUUACUAGAAAAUGAGUUAGCAUCCUAUCUACCAGUGAGUGUUUUUGAGCUAAAAAAAACACCGUCAUGUUGACGUUCCGAAAGUUCGAAACCCAUCUAUCAACUCGCAGAAAUCGCCGCCCUUGAAACUGGCAAAAGAACUAGCAGUAAAUAAGUAGAAAAACGCAGCCUCGUUCUCAGGUCGAUACGCGAAGGCUUUGGGAAGAGAGAGUCACUGCGACUUUAAUUGCCAACGAGUAAGCACUUUUGACUCUUAUACUUUCGUAAGAACUUUUUCACAUAAAUAUGGAAGCGAGUCACUGAGAGACAAAGAUAUGAUUGCUGUUCCUGAGAAAUAUCAAAGCCACUGAGGUCGGGAACUUACGCAAAAACUUCACGAACAUCGAGGCCGCUGUUGGAGGAAAAAUCUCCUGUGAACGAUUUUGGAAGAACCGUUCCCAGUGCCGAGAUAUACUGCUGGGGGUAAAAUAGGUAAUAGCUUCAUUUCGUUGCUAUGACAACUCUGAUGUUCUUGCAACCCUGAUCAUAGCAAAUUCCCAUCUUUAUCUACUACAAUUGUGGUGACAAUUUCUCCAAAUCUCUGUUUAUGGCAACGUAGUUUAUGCUCAAACUUGGGAGGUAUUGACCCUGAAAAACUUUAUCGAGCCACCUUAAGCAUCGCGUUUACGGCACUGAAACGGCAAACGUGAGAUACAAGCUGAGAAAUUUUCAAAAUGAGGAAUGAGCAGAUAUAAACAGCUUAAAACAAAUUUUUAUGGAUAGAAUUGGCUUGAAUCUACCGAUUUUUGUGUAGUGAAAAAUUUCUUAACAUAUCAUCGGUUAUCAACUUUGUUUCGAUUCUCCUUGAAGUUCUCCAAUGUAUAUGUUGUAGUUAAUUUUUUUUUAUUUCAGUUGAUUUUUAUUUUUCCAUUGCUUUUGGGUAUGAUAAUGUAUGCUAAUGAAUUUGAAACAAAGGGAAAACAAAAAUUAACAGAAAUGAAAAUUUAACUGCAACAUACAUGUCAGAAAACCUACUCCACUUUCAAACAUUUGAUCGUUCGAUGAGACGAUCGCCCUCCCAACGGACAAGCAUAUCCCAUCGUUUAAAACGGACGGAUAGCGUGCAAAUAUGCAAGAGCUCUUUUUUGUUACGACUACGCGCUGGGCGGGACGAUGUUUGAUUUGCGGAAUAUAAAUCAAGGGAUUUAAAAAUUUAAUAACCUUAGCGUAUAAUUGUAAGUCCUAGAUGGGUCUUUGGCCUAGGAGUGUCACUCAUUCCUCAUUUACUUGUUUUGGAAUCGUUUCAGUUCAUGCCGUUUCACUUCAUUUUUUCCAUUUGACUGCUUCUCUGCAAAUGCGCAUCAUUUACAUUUUCCCAUGUUUGUUUGUUCUUUUCUUUUACUUCGUUAAGUUAAAGGUGCAUGUUUUUCUUCAACAACGGAUUUUUUCUUGACCUCUUUAGCAACAUGAGGAGGGAAAGCUGUUGACAUCCAUACCGUCUGGGUGAACCGUGCCACUAGAUUAUUGGUCAUUCUUAAGAGGAUUAAGUCUUCUCUUUCGCUUCUGUAUAAAUUAAAAAGUCAUUUGUUUAAGGUGUGAGUUGACGUUCUCGAAAUUGCUUGAAAACCUCGGAAUCUUUGCUUUCUAGGGAGGUAUAAAACAACUUCUCAAAAGUAGGUUCCGAUAUAUAGGUUAUCGAAAUUAUCAUCUUUAAUUUAAAAGAGCAUGCGAAAGAAGUAAGUUAUUUUUAGUUUGAACAUCUAUAGGGAUCAUUAGAAUUCAAGUCCUCUGUGUUGUUCUAUUUUACUUCAGAAUCCUUCGGAAUUUCAACAGUGCUUCGUGCUUGCCCUCGCCCCAAAACGGGGAAGGAAAACUGCCGAAGUCAGCCUCUUGUGGUGUUGCGGCAAAACUUUCCAGAACGAAGAAAAAUUUGUCGUAAAGAACCAAACAAAGGCCCCGAGCAAAGGGCAGUGAGGUGAAACAAAACGAAGGUAAAGAAACUUAGACGGGAAAACAGAAAAGGAAUUAUUUUGGAGUGGCGAACAAAAGUUAAGUCAGAGUUUUGGGAGAUAUAGCUACGUGAGCGAAAUACUAUAUCUACUAGCGAUGAAGAAGACCGAGAUAACCUCGACCUCACCUACGACCCGUUUUCAGAGUCAGUCAGCUGUGAAACAGUCCUUUGAAAGACGUGACGUCAAGAGGUUUUCAAAGGAGGUUUAUUCAACGUUGUCUUCCGAAUCGUUCAGCUUCAAAAGCAUGAAUACUCAGUACAGUUCAGUAUAUGAGCGUUCCUUCACAACGAAGUCAAUCGGAGGAGAGGAGACCAGGAGGUAUCUCGAAUCCCACACGAAGACUUCCGAUCGUAGUGACGAGCAACCGCUUGUGGCUGUUGUGAAAGAUAAAUCUAAGGUAAACGUGCCAGAAUGGAUGGAGGAACAGAACUCUCCGGAACUAAAGCGACGAGGCGUUAACUCUUUAAACAUCGACAUUUUCUUGACGUAUCCGAGCAAUAGUGCUGAGCGAAGGAAUGGCCACGAAGACACAGCAAGAGAAAGCAUGAUCCGUCCCGAAGUCGCCAAACGAGACGAACAGUUUAUUCCAGUGUUUCCAGUUGAAGAAGACUACGAAGAGGAUGAAGACGAUGAAUUUGAAGAAGAGAUUGUAGUGGUAGAUGUUGUAAGGCAUCCCCUUUGGCGAAAAGGAUUGCAAAUUCCGAAACCACAGCCAAAAAAGGCCGGAAAACCUAUUACAGACCUCCUUGAGGUUCCCACACUUCAACCGAAGCAAAAAUCUACCUCCGAGGAUUUAUUGGUUGAUGAGAAAGUCGAGUCAGUGGAACGGCCUCCUAUGGUUUUUGCGGAACCAGACUUUAGUACAUUUUAA